GCUGAUUAGGUUUGACGUAUUUGACAGCUUAAAUUGUAGUAUUGGAUUUAAAUAUUCAAAUAAUUGGGGAAUUUAUUCUUUUUUUUUCUGGAAAAAUGAAAAAAAUAGAUUGAUAAGAAACGUAAAAAAAAAAAUUGAAAAAGAUUAUUCACGAUUUAUGGUUUGCUUUAUUUUCAAUGGACGUAUUUUAUCGUAUGUAGAACAUAUUGAUAUACUGAUGCAAAUGUCUUGAUUGCAACACUUGUUGAAACGUCAAUUUCACUGAUUCCAUCGCAUAAAUGUUUUUGUAUUGCUUGAAGUUCAGGCACAGUGACUUCGUACACGGUUUUUGAUCAGCGAUUCUUUUUUCUGUUAAGUUCUGUUUUGUUACAAGCAACAAAAAUGGAAGUGAAAGGUGCAAAUCCAUAUCAGAAUCUUCAAAAAUCGUUGGAUUUUAAUGGAACUUCCUAUAAAUACUUUGAUAUUGCAUCAUUUGGAAAAUCUUACGAUGAACUUCCAUUUUCGAUUCGAGUUCUAUUGGAGUCUGCCGUUCGAAACUGCGAUAACUUCCAAGUAUCCGAACAGGAUGUGAAACGAAUUCUGAAAUGGAAAGAAUUGAAAGGAAACCCUGAAAAUUCGCACGAUGCAGAAGUAUCAUUCAAGCCGGCUCGUGUAAUUCUACAGGAUUUCACCGGUGUUCCAGCCGUCGUGGACUUUGCUGCAAUGCGAGACGCUGUGCUAAAACUCGGUGGUGAUCCAAAUCUUAUUAAUCCGAUUUGCCCCUCGGACUUGGUCAUCGAUCAUUCCGUUCAGGUGGAUUUUGCUCGCGAACAAGGUUCAGCCGAUAAAAAUCAAAAUUUGGAAUUCGUGCGAAACAAAGAGCGAUUUAAAUUCUUAAAAUGGGGAGCAAAAGCGUUCCAAAACAUGCUAAUCGUUCCACCUGGUUCGGGCAUUGUGCAUCAAGUGAACUUGGAAUAUUUGGCCAGAGUUGUUUUCAGCGAUAGUGAUGUUUUGUAUCCAGACAGUUUGGUGGGCACGGACUCGCAUACAACAAUGAUCAACGGAUUGGGUGUAUUAGGAUGGGGUGUUGGAGGAAUUGAAGCCGAAGCAGUAAUGCUUGGACAAGCAAUUACAAUGCUUUUGCCGGAGGUUAUUGGAUAUAAAUUAGUUGGCCAAUUGCCAUCGUUAGCCACAUCAACGGAUUUAGUUUUGACCAUCACAAAGCAUCUGCGUCAAUUGGGAGUUGUUGGAAAGUUUGUUGAGUUUUUCGGGCCAGGUGUUGCCGAGCUAAGCAUUGCUGAUCGAGCAACCAUAAGUAAUAUGUGCCCAGAAUAUGGUGCCACCGUGGGAUAUUUCCCAAUCGAUGAAAUGUCAUUGAAAUACCUUCGACAAACCAAUAGGCCAGAGGAGAAAAUUCAAUUGAUCCGGACAUAUCUAAAAACCACACAACAAUUCCGGGACUAUAACGAUGAAUCGCAAGAUCCCCACUUCACAAAGGUUGUUACCUUGGAUUUGUCGUCAAUUGUAACGUCGGUGUCGGGACCGAAACGACCACAUGAUCGGAUUGCCGUGAAAGAUGUCCAAAACGAUUUUCGAACCUGUUUAACAAACAAAAUUGGUUUCAAAGGAUUUGAACUUAGUCCAGCGGCAAUUCCGGCGACUGGGUCGUUUACAUGGACCGAUGGAAAUUCGUACACAUUGAAGCACGGUAGCGUUGUCAUUGCAGCGAUAACAUCAUGUACGAAUACAUCAAAUCCAUCAGUAAUGUUGGGUGCUGGUCUUUUGGCAAGAAAAGCCGUUGCAGCCGGCCUAACUGUAAAGCCUUACAUAAAAACAUCUCUAUCGCCCGGAUCCGGUGUCGUCACAUACUACUUACAAGCAUCGAAUGUCAUUGAUCCAUUGCAAAAACUCGGUUUCGAUAUCGUUGGCUACGGUUGUAUGACGUGUAUCGGCAAUUCGGGACCGUUAGAUGAUAACAUUGUCAAUACCAUUGAGCAAAAUCAAUUGGUAUGUUGUAGUGUACUCUCCGGAAAUCGAAACUUCGAAGGACGAAUUCAUCCAAACACUCGUGCAAAUUACCUUGCAAGUCCAUUGUUGGUCAUUGCAUACGCAAUUUCUGGUCGCAUUGAUAUUGACUUUGAAACGGAAUCGCUAGGCAAAAAUGCGAAUGGAAAAGAGAUUUACUUGCGUGACAUUUGGCCAUCACGCAAAGAAAUUCAAGAUGUUGAAAAUGAAUUCGUUAUUCCAGCUAUGUUCCGUGAAGUUUACAGUAAAAUUGAAGUGGGCAGUAGUUCAUGGCAAACGCUUGAGUUCCCCGAUGGUGAUCUCUAUCCAUGGGAUGACAAAUCUACGUAUAUCAAACAGCCACCAUUUUUUGAGAGAAUGACAAAAGAUAUCGGACCAAUUACACCGAUAAACGGUGCCCGAGUAUUGUUGCUGUUGGGCGAUUCGGUAACAACAGAUCACAUAUCACCGGCCGGUUCAAUCGCUAGAAACAGUCCGGCUGCACGGUUUUUGGCUGGAUGUGGACUGACCCCAAGAGAUUUUAACAGCUAUGGCUCCAGAAGAGGCAAUGACGCUGUUAUGGCCCGUGGCACAUUCGCCAAUAUUCGAUUACAAAACAAAUUGGUGUCGAAGAGUGGCCCAGUUACGAAAUACAUUCCGAGCGGUGAAGAAAUGGACAUAUUCGAUUGUGCACAGCGUUAUCGCGCUGAAGAUGUUCCAUUAAUUGCAAUCGUUGGCAAAGAGUAUGGCUCGGGCAGCAGCCGUGAUUGGGCGGCUAAGGGGCCUUAUUUGCUUGGCAUUCGUGCUAUCAUUGCCGAAUCCUAUGAACGUAUUCAUCGAUCGAAUUUGGUUGGCAUGGGCAUCGCUCCGUUACAAUUCCUAGAAGGUCAAAAUGCUGAAACAUUGAAUUUGAACGGCACCGAAACAUACAACAUUUCAAUCCCAUCAGAUUAUAAAGCUGGACAAACAAUCAAAGUUGAGAUUAAUGAUGGUCGAUCAUUUGAAGUGACUGCACGAUUUGAUACCGAAGUUGAUCUGGUUUACUUUAAACACGGAGGCAUUCUAAACUACAUGAUUCGAAGCAUUUUGAAAUAAUUGUUUCUUCUGGAAUUGGUUCAAAUUUUUUUUUUUAAUUUAAAUUACGUUCUGCGGGAAGGAAUUUAACGGAUAUUAAAAGACAGAGCGUAAACAUUUUUUAUACUAAUUUUCAAACAAUUGAGAGUCAAAUUCAUAUUCAUAUUGCGAAAAAAAGAGUCAAAUUUUUAUUGAAUGUUUCUUUGUUGCGGGGGGAAAAGUUUCAUUGAAAAAUAAAAUGUUUAAAUCA